CGUCAGCGCCUUUGCCUUCAACCAGGAGUAAAAGUGGCCGCAGCGUCUUCCGGCGAGGACUGGUGUUAAGGGUCACGCAAGAUGGCGGCGCCCAGAGGCUGCUGAGGCGCGGAACGGAGGAUGGCGCUGGUGGCGUUGGUGGCUGGGGCUCGGCUGGGGCGGCGGCUGAGCGGGCCGGGGCUGGGGCGAGGGCACUGGACGGCGGCCGGGCGCUCCCGGAGCCGGCGCGAAGCGGCAGAAGCCGAGGCGGAGGUGCCCGUGGUCCAGUACGUGGGCGAGCGCGCUGCCCGCGCCGAUCGCGUCUUCGUGUGGGGCUUCAGCUUCUCGGGGGCGCUGGGCGUGCCUUCCUUUGUGGUGCCCAGCUCCGGGCCCGGGCCCCGCGCCGGCGCCCGACCGCGCCGCAGGAUCCAGCCCGUGCCCUAUCGCCUGGAGCUGGACCAAAAGAUUUCAUCUGCUGCUUGCGGCUAUGGAUUCACACUGCUGUCCUCUAAGACUGCGGAUGUUACGAAAGUCUGGGGGAUGGGACUCAACAAAGAUUCUCAGCUUGGAUUUCACAGGAGCCGGAAAGAUAAAACGAGGGGCUACGAGUAUGUGUUGGAGCCCUCACCCGUCUCCCUGCCUCUGGACAGACCUCAGGAGACACGGGUGCUGCAGGUCUCCUGCGGCCGAGCUCACUCUCUUGUGUUGACUGACAGGGAAGGAGUCUUCAGCAUGGGAAACAAUUCUUAUGGGCAAUGUGGAAGAAAGGUGGUCGAAAAUGAAAUUUACAGUGAAAGUCACAGAGUCCACAGGAUGCAGGACUUCGAUGGCCAGGUGGUCCAGGUCGCCUGUGGUCAGGAUCAUAGUCUGUUCCUGACGGAUAAAGGAGAAGUCUAUUCUUGUGGAUGGGGUGCUGAUGGGCAAACAGGUCUGGGUCACUACAAUAUCACCAGCUCGCCCACCAAGCUGGGUGGAGACCUGGCGGGAGUGAACGUUAUCCAAGUUGCCACCUACGGUGAUUGCUGCCUGGCCGUGUCCACCGACGGUGGACUUUUUGGUUGGGGAAACUCGGAGUACCUGCAGCUGGCCUCUGUCACUGACUCCACACAGGUGAAUGUGCCCCGCUGCUUACACUUCUCAGGAGUGGGGAAGGUGCGACAGGCUGCGUGCGGUGGCACGGGCUGUGCAGUGUUAAACGGCGAAGGACAUGUUUUUGUCUGGGGCUAUGGAAUUCUUGGGAAAGGUCCAAACCUAGUGGAAAGUGCCGUCCCUGAAAUGAUUCCACCCACUCUCUUUGGCUUGACGGAGUUCAACCCAGAAAUCCAGGUUUCCCGCAUCCGAUGUGGACUCAGCCACUUUGCUGCACUGACCAACAAAGGAGAGCUGUUUGUAUGGGGCAAGAACAUCCGAGGGUGCCUGGGAAUCGGUCGCCUGGAGGACCAGUAUUUCCCAUGGAGGGUGACGAUGCCUGGGGAGCCUGUGGACGUGGCAUGUGGUGUGGACCACAUGGUGACCCUAGCCAAGUCAUUCAUCUAAACCUCCCUCACCUGCUUGGGCGGCCCCAUCCCGGGAACCACUGGCACUCCUUGGCAGAGGCCAGCACGUGGCCAGCCCCCCGGGGUUCUUGGAUGGUGGUGGCGGAGAACCCUGCGUGCAGUGUGACGCUCUGUCCUGAAUCCCUUAGCGGGUACCUACCAGGAGGAUCAGGGCAAGGUCCCUCUCCAGCUGCAGGUGAGGCCUGCGGAACUCAGCUUGGAUGGCAGCCUUUGGUGGGCCGCUGUGGCCCGCACGUCUCUGUUCUCUCCAAGUAACAUGCGACGGUGUCUGGUGUCACGUCUCGCCUGAGAAGCCCGUCUUAGGAAAGCUUAGCUUGAACACAGUGCUCGGGAGGUUUCUGCUCUGUCUGUCAUGGCAGUCUCUUGGUUUGUGUCUGGCCAAGGCCAUGCGUGUGCCUCGGACCGAGCCCCAGCUUAGGUGAGGGAGUCAGGCUGGCUUCAGCCCUCGGUUUUCAUUCAAGCCACCCUGCUCAUGGCCCUUCCUGGCCGCCUGCCACACCGCAAGCUCGCUGGGGGGACACUAGAAGCACCGUGGCCUGGGAUUCCAUCUGGAGCUGUCCGCAGGCGCCAGCCCCAGCCUCCCACCACGCUCACUGCCUGGCUUGGAAAAGUUAAGAAGCCCCUCAGGAAGAGAAUCGAGGCCAAGUUCCUCUGCGCCGAGGGCCCCGAGCAUAUCCGCCAAGGCUCAGCUGCAGUGCCAGGCGGAGGAGGAAGAUCCAGAAAUUGUGAACAAUGUUUGAUUUAGUAGCGUGACUUGCCUUUCCCUUUAAAAACAUCUUUUACAAAUCUGUCUUGGAAUAAAGUCUAUUUUCUGCCUUUUGGUUUUUAAGCUCUGAA